UGUCAGCUUCCCUCCCCACUGCUGUGUGUUGGCGCGGGAGUUGAAUGUAAUGACACAAAAUAAAGCUAGUUUUUGAAGGAUAUCUGCGGCCAGGAAGGUGCACCAGCAUGGAGAGUGGUGGAAGAAGUCAAUUUCCAUUUCCCUACCAGCCCUAUCACAUCCAGGAGCAGUUCAUGCAGGCCCUGUACACUGCACUCGACCAGGGCAAAGUUGGGAUCUUUGAAAGUCCAACUGGGACGGGCAAGUCUCUGAGUCUGAUAUGUGGAGCGCUGAGUUGGCUCACUGACUAUGAGGAGAAGAAGAGGCAGGAGGCAGCUGCUCUGCUGCAUGAAGGAGAAGUAGCUCUGUCCACGUCGACUGCACAGUCCUCCACCACCAGCUCCUCGGCAGAGCCUGACUGGAUCACUGAUUUUGUGCAGAAAAAGGCAGAGCGUGAUUUGGUAUCGAAGUUGAAGGAGGAAGAAUUAAAAAGAAAGAAGAGGGAGGAACGAUUAGAAAUGAUCAGGAACAACAUUCAACUAAAGUAUGCGAUGAAAAGAAAAAGUGGUGAAGAAGAUGAGGCAUUCAAAUUGCUGCAGCUCAGUAAAGAGGAAAUAACUGAGACAAAAGGGGACCAAGAGGACGAGGACCUUAUCAUCGAAGAAUAUGAGAGUGAUGAUGAGUUUAAGACCAAGAGCAGAUUUUGUGGCGCUGAGGACGACACAGACGACGACCUGGUUGAAGAACAUGUCACUAAGAUUUACUACUGCAGUCGCACCCACUCCCAGCUGGCCCAAUUUGUCCAUGAGGUUCAAAAGAGCCCGUUCAGCAAAGACAUCAGUCUGGUCACACUGGGCUCACGGCAGAAUCUGUGUAUCAACGAGGAGGUGCGUCGCCUGGGCAGCAUCCAGCGCAUUAACGACCGCUGCAUGGAGAUGCAGAAAAACAAACAUGAGAAGCCGCAUCAAGAAGAGGGUGCAAAACGUAAGCGAGGCCCAGCGAAGAGUGUGUGUCCCUAUCACAAAUCCUCAGCAAUGCAGCAGAUGAAAGACGAGAUUCUGGGGACAGUCCACGAUAUAGAGCAGAUGCUGAAGCAAGGCAGAGAAACACAUGCAUGUCCUUACUAUACCACACGGCUCGCUGUUCCCCCUGCACAGUUGGUGGUGUUGCCCUAUCAGAUGUUGCUGCAUGAAGCUACAAGGAAGGCCGCAGGGGUCCAGCUGCAGGGGCAGGUGGUGAUCAUAGAUGAAGCUCACAAUCUUAGCGACACACUCUCCUGUAUACACAGUGCAGAGCUCACUGGAGCACAGCUUUGCCGCGCCCACUCGCAGCUCACCCAGUAUGCCGACCGCUAUAAGAGCAGGCUGAAGGCAAAGAACCUCAUGUACAUCAAACAGAUUCUGUUUGUGAUUGAGGGGCUUGUCAAGGCACUGGGAGGUAAGGUGGGGCAGAAUCCACAGAGCCAGGCUACACAAACAGGAACUGAGAUGCUCACUAUUAAUAACUUCCUCUUCAAGGCUCAGAUCGACAAUAUUAACUUGUUUAAGUUACAGAAAUACUUUGAGAAGAGCAUGAUCAGCAGAAAACUGAGUGGCUUUGUGGAGAAGUACGCAGGAUCAGGUGUGAGUGUGCACACCCAGAGCAGCUCCAACAAGGAGAACCGACGCACAGAGGGCUUAAACCGUUACCUUCAAACACUGCAGAGCAACCAGAGCACUGCACCAGUUUCCUCAGCAGACCAGCAGGGGUCAGAGGCAGAGAAAGCGCUGUCUACAUCUCCCAUGAUGCAGGUGGAGGGUUUCUUCAUGGCUCUCACCAACAGCAACACUGACGGCAGGGUGGUGGUGCACAGACAAGGUACUUUGUCAGAGAGCAGUGUCAAGUUCCUGCUGUUGAAUCCAGCCGUCCACUUUGCCCAGGUGCUGAAGCAGUGAAGGGCUGUCAUCAUCGCAGGAGGAACCAUGCAGCCUGUUUCAGACUUCAAACAAGAGCUACUGUUUUCCGCCGGAGUGGGAGAGGAGCGCAUCACGGAGUUUUCCUGUGGUCAUGUAAUUCCUCCUGAGAACAUUCUCCCCCUCGUGUUGUGCAGCGGUCCAUCUGGUCAGGAGCUGGAUUUCACUUUCCAAAACAGAGACUCUCCACGCAUGAUGGACGAGACGGGGCGCAUUCUCUCCAACAUCUGUAACGUUGUCCCAGGCGGGGUUGUCUGCUUCUUCCCUUCUUAUGAGUACUCGAGACGGAUCAUCUCUCACUGGGAGGCCAGCGGUGCGCUGACUCGUCUGGCUAACAAGAAGAAGAUCUUCCAGGAGCCAAAGAAAGCCAACCAGGUUGAGCAGGUGCUGAGCGAGUUCUCCCGCUGUAUCCAGAGGAGUGCUGUGGACAGCAGCGGGCUCACAGGAGCGCUGCUGUUCUCUGUAGUCGGAGGAAAGAUGAGCGAGGGCAUCAACUUCUCCGAUGACUUGGGCAGGUGUGUGGUGAUGGUGGGGAUGCCCUAUCCUAACAUCAAAUCCCCAGAGCUACAGGAGAAGAUGUCCUAUCUGGACAAACACCUGCCUCACAGUGGAGGGAGGAGUCCUGGCCAAGCACUGAUAGAAAACCUGUGCAUGAAGGCUGUCAAUCAAUCCAUAGGAAGAGCUAUCCGUCACCGUGGCGACUAUUCCUCCAUUGUGCUGUGUGACAGACGUUACUCUCGACCUGCGACGCUCGCUAAACUUCCCACGUGGAUCAAAGAUCGCACGAGCGCACACACGACUUUUGGCCCGGCUUUUGCUGCCUUACGGAAGUUCUUUCAGGAGAAGAAGCAGAAGCAGGUGUAGUGUCACUUACACCGGACAUUUCCAAGACCGAGGUUAAGAAGAACCCAGUGCAACAGUGGUCGUGAGCAUUUGAAGUCGUCAGACCUCUGAGUUCUCCUGGCUGGAAUUCAAGGGUCAGCCAGGGAUCGUACUUUUAUUUUAUGUUCCAGAUGUUUCAUAAGUUGCCUAUUUCCUUUUGGCUUGCUAGCAUCUCUGGUGUAGAGGUGAAGAUGAAUAACACUGCAGACAAAGGCCAUUUAUCACAUUAACUCAGGUGUAUCUGUCCUGCAGUGUUUUUGAUUUCAGUCUGGAACAAGUUGGAUAUUUUUU